AUGAUAACGAGGCUCUACAAUACCGAAGAGGAUCCCGCCUACUGCUCCUUCAUCUGGGGCUCCAAUCUCAGCAGCACCACCGAUGUCCUGGCCGCGGCAGGCAACUCCUCGCCCGUCUUCACCGACCUGCGCGAUGACUUCUAUCGGGAUGUGGAGGAUCCGCGAACAGAGUCGCUGAGGGAGUAUUGCUAUGGGCUCCUGCUGCCCAUCAUCUGCGCCAUGGGCAUCAUUGGCAACGUGCUCAACCUGAUUGUGCUCACCAGGCGCAAUAUGCGUGGCACCGCCUACAUCUACAUGAGGGCCUACUCCACGGCCGCCCUGCUGGCCAUUGUGUUCGCCAUACCCUUUGGCAUCCGCAUGCUGGUGCACAAGGAUCGAGGACAGUGGGAGGAGUUUGGCCCCGCCUUCUACACCGCCCACUUGGAGCUUUAUCUGGGCAAUGGAUGUUUGGGCGUGGGAGUAAUGAUGCUACUGGUGCUGACCAUCGAGCGUUAUGUGUCCGUCUGUCAUCCGGGCUUCGCCAGGCCCGUGAUGGGACCGCCAGGAGUUGUGGUCUUUCUCACCUGCCUGGCAACGGUGAUUGUCUACCUGCCAAGCAUCUUCCGCGGCGAGCUGAUCAAAUGCAUCCUGGGCUCCAGCGAUGUGUACGUUUACUUGCGACGCGACAACACCAUUUACCAGCAGACCAUCUUCUAUCGCAUCUACAAGAUCAUGCUGGAGGUGAUCUUUAAGUUGGUGCCCACCGUGCUCAUUGGCGGUCUCAACAUGCGCAUCAUGAUGGUCUAUAGGCGCACCUGUGAGCGUCGCCGCCAGAUGGUGCUCAGCCGGAGCCAUGGUCAUGGCCAUGGACACAGUCACGCCCAGGGUCAGGCCCAGGGACAUGCCCAUACCAAUGGCUAUGUGAAGGACGAUGAUCCGCGCAAGUUUGCCGAGGAGCGACGACUGUUCCUGCUGCUCGGCAGCACCUCGAUCCUGUUUCUUGUAUGCGUCUCGCCCAUGGCCAUUCUCCAUAUGACUAUCGCCUCGGAGGUGUAUCCGAGCUUCCCCUUCCAGGUGUUCCGGGCCAGCGCGAAUCUGCUGGAGCUGAUCAACUACUCGCUGACCUUCUACAUCUACUGUUUGUUCAGCGAGGACUUCCGGAACACCCUCGUCCGCACCAUCAAGUGGCCCUGGCUGAAGGGCAAGUUCUGCCAUCAGGCCGAGCACGAGGUGAGUGCCAGUCCGCCGGCGACCGCCGGAACUGUAGCCGUUGCCGUUGCCGUUGGCCAUGGAACUGGCCCUGUUUCUAAUCCACAACCGAUUCCGGCGAUUCCGGCCGUGACUUUCACCCCCGCAGACCCCGAGGACCACGCCCGGCCUCCCAAUGGCGUUCUUCGCUAAGGUGGACACCAGGGACAGGGCCCGGCACAAGCAUCACAUCACCACAACGUCGGCCCUGGGAAGAUCGAGC